AUGAGAAGAGGCGUGAUUCCUCUCCCACAUUUUUAUGUGCUGGAAGCACAAAUGUGGAACAGCUGGUUUGGAGGCUUCGCCGAGCCGUCCGACUAUGCCAACGCUGAGAUGCCUGAAUUCAAUAUCCGGGCCGUAGUUAUUUCAAGCAUCUUCGUCGUCCCUUACUUGGCGUUCCUCAUUAUUUUGCCCGGCGUGCGAGAGAAACGAUUGAUUACUUUAGUUAUAUUUACGAUUACUGCACUUGUAGGAGCUAUUUUGGCAGCCUCCAUGUAUCUGCCUGGGUGGACGGGAGGAUCGGCAAAAAUCGUCGCUCAGUUGAGGUCACACGUAAACGAACGAAUGCGUGCCCGAGUGGGAGUGAAUGUUGGAUUGACCACCAUCAACAUCACCCUCAGAUAUGAACAAAUGGUGAGAGACGAUCCCCUUUCUCGAAUCGACAUGAGCCACCUUUACUACAAUGAGAAAUUCGAUAUUUCCGGAGUGUCGUCAAUGGCCGAGGAAUUACGCUCCGCCUACCAGCGAGGACUACCGUACCCAAUUCUAAGCAUCCUUGAGUAUUUUUCAUUGAAUCAAGACGCGUUCGACUGGGGGAGGCAUUACCGUACUGCUGGUCAUUAUACUUCGGCUGCGGUCAGUCUUGCGCUCGCCUGUUGGUCAUUAGCAGUCGUCUUCUUGCUGUUUGUGCCACAUUUUUACGGCAGAGCGAUGCUAGCCACUGGCGUAUCCGCGUUGCUCUCAUGCCUGGUGUACCUUGUCAUGGCGCCAUGCCAGCUUGAAAUCGGAUUCAUCGGGAAUGAAGGCAAAAGAAUUGUGAUGAAAAUGAGCUUCCAGUGGUCGUUUUACUGCGUGUUUGCCGUUGGACUUCUCGCUGUGAUCGUUGGUAUCUUCCUGAUUCUUCUUCAACACUACCAUGUAUACACACUUUCUACUUUCCUGGAAGCUCAUCUAGACGAAACCGUUGCGAAAAACAAACAAAACCAAUGCGAAGCAGUUUCAGAUGUAACGAGCAGCAUAGAAGUGCUCCGUCGCAACAAAGCCUUGGUAUUAGGCUCUUCCUCAGCAGACAAGAAGGCUGCCUCCAGUGGAUUCCAGUCGAGAACCAGCUAUUCAGGAUCCGUCAGAAGUCAAUCGUCCAUUGAAACUGUGCACGGUGACCUGCGGAUACAGCGAUCCCCAUCGAACUUCACAAUUGACGAUGAUAACCAUCCUCGAAGCUCUAGAGACGCGAAAGUCUCCGUGGUGGUUGAGAGACUGUAG